AGCAUCCUCCAGAGUGGAAAAGAGGGGUGGUGCGACAAGCGGAUUGGGGCGGAGCGCGGCUUCUGCAGAGGACAAGGGACGCUCUGCUCCUGCGGAUCUGACUUCUACCAAAAUGAGCACCCUGGAUGAGGGCAGCAACCCUCCUGUCGCUAAAGACUGCGGCGUAGCCACUGCCGACGAUGCCCCAGGACAUCCGGACCUAAACCAGUGCCAGGGCGAGGAAACCGAGGCGACCCAGGUGAUGGCGGACACAGGUGAGGAGGGCAACUUGGAGACCCCCGCGGAGGCAGGCGCCCCCGAGAGCCCCGCGAGCUGUGCCCCCGUGUUCCGCGUUCGAGUUUUUGGGAGCCGCAGCCGUGUAGCGACCAAAUCGGGCCAGAAAGAGGGGCUGCCUCCGACGGAAGGCUUGGCAGCAGCCUCUGCUUCAGCCUCCCCCGCGGUAGCAACCGACAAUAGCCAGGAAAAUGGCUGUCAGCGUAGAGAGCCGCGGGGCCCUGCUGGGGAGAAAGCUCUAGAAGCCUGUGGCGCAGGGGGGUUGGGGUCUCAGAUGAUGCCUGGGGCGAAGGCCAAGGAAAUGACGACAAAAAAGUGCGCCGUUUCAGCGGCAACGGAAAAGGAGGGAGUAGCGGAGGAGGUGGUGGAGGAAAAGAAGGUGAUGCAGAAGGAAAAAAAGGUGGUAGGAGGAGUGAAAGAGGAGUCACGGGCCAAGGCCCCGAAGAUCAAUAACUGCAUGGAUUCCCUGGAGGCCAUCGAUCAGGAGCUGUCAAAUGUAAAUGCCCAGGCUGACAGGGCCUUCCUUCAGCUGGAGCGCAAGUUUGGCCGGAUGCGAAGGCUCCAUAUGCAGCGCAGAAGUUUCAUUAUCCAAAAUAUCCCAGGUUUCUGGGUCACUGCCUUUCGGAACCACCCCCAGCUGUCACCUAUGAUCAGUGGCCAAGAUGAAGACAUGAUGAGGUACAUGAUCAAUUUGGAGGUGGAGGAGCUUAAGCACCCCAGAGCAGGCUGCAAAUUCAAAUUCAUCUUUCAGAGCAACCCCUAUUUCCGAAAUGAGGGUCUCGUCAAAGAAUAUGAGCGCAGAUCCUCUGGCCGGGUGGUGUCUCUUUCCACUCCAAUCCGCUGGCACAGGGGCCAAGACCCCCAGUCACAUAUCCACAGGAAUCGGGAAGGAAACACUAUCCCCAGUUUCUUCAACUGGUUCUCAGAUCACAGCCUUCUAGAAUUCGACAGGAUUGCUGAGAUUAUCAAAGCAGAACUGUGGCCCAAUCCCCUACAGUACUACCUGAUGGGCGAAGGGCCUCGCCGAGGAAUUCGAGACCCAGCAAGGCAGCCCGUGGAGAGCCCCAGGUCCUUCAGGUUCCAGUCUGGCUAAGCGCUGCCCUUGUGAGAAGCUCCUGCACAAGUUUCCCACCACCUCCCCCUGAACCUUUGCUUAGCCAACAGCAUGCAGUCUUCUAUCUGCUUUCUCUUCACACUGAACUAUUUUGUCCUUUGGUUCUCCUAAAUCUUCAACAGUCAUUUGCAAGAUUGACUCUUACAUGUUUAUGUUCCUCUUCCUCUGGACCUUCAUGCUCUUCUGUAUCCUGUUAACAUGUUCAAGUGCAUGGCGUUGCACUGCUUCUAUGCCAAGCACAUGAUGCUGUAGAUAGGCACUGCCUUCCUUUGCAUGCCUUGGGUCCUGUCUAUGACCAUGGUCUUCUCCUAGUUUUUUAAGUGGUUCUCUACCACAAAGAAGCUUGCAAUACCUUUGCAAAUAACUAGCUGGACUUCAUACUUUAUGCUGACUGUCCUCCUGAUAACCAUGUAUUCUAUGGCAAGUUCUUUGAGUUUCACCGCUGCAAGAUGAAACUACUCUAGAUGAUGCCAGCCAUCAACGCAAACUGGACAUUUCUAGCUACCACUAACUGGUUCCCAGCUGCCUCCCUGGGCCUGUGCUAUCCACCCUGCUGGUUAUCUGGCAGAAUAAGGGGGCUGGUGGGUGGCUACAAGGCAUGAGUGAGGUAACAGAUGAGAGGUUUUCAGUGUUAUUGCAUCUUCUUUUCACUCUGCUUUGUGACCAGGUACUGGUGAGUAUGAGGGUCGGUGCUAUGGCCCACACAAACCUGCUCUCACCCUUCUGGAUGAGCUUUGCAUAGGCACCAUUGCCUGCCUCCUCAGCAACUGACUGUGGACUUAAGCUCCCAGGCAGCACACAGGGAACUCUGCCUCGAUCCCCUUGUGCCAUCAAAUGGUUACCUAUAAACCCAAUUGGCUGUGGGGCAGGUUGCACAGUCAUAUGUGAUAGUGCCCAAAGCAAGGCUGGAAGGGGUUCACUUCCAGCAGUUAGCCUUUCUGAGCUGGAGUCAACAAACCACCCUUAAUCAGAUAGUUUUGUUAGGUAUCCCCUUCUCUAACUCCUGCACUCAUUCUGAGCAUGAUAAAGUUGCCAGGGUGGGGGCACCGAGGGAAAGGUGUUCCUGGUCUGUGUGGCCUGUUCUGCAUCUUUUUGUCUCUUUCCUCCACCCCCACCCCCUUGUUCUCUCUCCUACUUCCCUCUCCUCUGAAGCAGACAGGAAACAAAACUGGCAAAGCGGGCUUUUUGUUUAAUUUUCUCUACCCUUGAUGGUGUCCAAAGAGAGAGAGGUACUGUACAAUAGACUCCACAUGUCUUCUUGUGCUCUUCUGCCCUCAAGCCUCCACCCUUCUUCCUUUAGUAAGGUCUAAAAGUUUCAAAGGGAGACCUGUAGGUUAUUUAGUUAUGAGCAGUGUUCUUUUGGGCCAAUUUUGACAACCCCACCUUUUCCCUGUCCACUUACCAAAAUCUGUGUGUUUCUUGAGUCUAGUUAGAGAAGCAGGGAGGAAAGACAGAAGGGCCUCACAGUGAUGGAUUCAAGGCAGAUGCAGAGAAGGUUGUGAUGUAAAGCGGCCAAACUUAGUUUACUCCACUUUUCUAAACAUGGAAAUUUUGGCGGGGGUGGCCUUGACCACUUAGAAAGAACCCCAAGGCAGCAUUUUGAGGGUCACCUCUAUUCUCCGUACUAUUUUAUUACUGCUCUCAUGGCCCAGGGGCCUCCAUCCUGUUGUCUGGCCUUCUUGGCUUUCAGGCUUCAGUGUCCCUAUUUCCUUCCCUGCUUCUCUCCCAACAGAUGAGGGAGCAGGCUGCAGUGUACAUUGUGGGAGAUGCCAAACUUCCUUCCUGGGGAUGUGUGGAGUUUGGAUUUCCAGGACAGGUUCCAGUAGGUGGGACAGCAGUGUAUCAGGGCUGUGUUACUUGGGUGGUAUAUGGUAAUGGUAAGGACUACCUGCUUUCUCCUUUUUGAAGGCCUUGCCCUUAGUUCCAUGAGUGCUUGGGAGGUCUGGGUACAGCAGUGGGGAGGGUGCUCUAGGCUGAGGGAAGUGAGAGCCCAGAAACCAAAAUGAACCAAGUAGUCUUGGAACGGCACAGGAAGGAUGAACCCUGCAGCUUUGGGAAUGGAGGGGGAGGCCUCAAGCUUUUCCUAGGAGAGGUGGGAGAAUCAAAGUGGUUGAUGUUUAAAAAGGAUACUUAGAGGAGUUUUCCCUAACUCCCUUGAAUUCACCAGUAGAUUUUGGUCUAAAAUGCAAAAAUGCAAGUCUGGUUGUUUUCUCUCUGUUAUUAUAGGAGUGAUCUUUUCUGUAUAGAAGAUUAAUGGUAUAUGCUCAUUAUUUCACUGUGUUUGAGUAAAAUCCUAUUAAUUCCUUUCUCUAUUUUUGCUUGCUGGCGAAAUUGACAUUUACAGGCCUGCUUUUUGCUUAUAAUUGAGAAUAUGUGCAAAAAUAUCAAACUUGUUUCCUGUGCAGUAUGAAACCUGUGAAUAUUCGUUAAUAUAUCAGCUUGUUCUGGUCUGUCUUCAUAUAUAGCUCUAUUCUUAGAAAUAUAAUUUGAAUGUGAUCCUUGAAAUUUUGCAAAUUGUUGCUGUGUCUUGUGAAAGUAAUUUCAAAAAGAAAACCAAUUCUUUUGUCUUGAUAUUUCUUGUCCUAAUAGUAAUGUUGUACUUGAAUUUUAUGUUCCUAACCAGUGUAAGUAUUUGUAGAAUUGCUCUGUCAAAGUAAACAAGGAUCGUUAAGUACUUUAUUAGUCUUCUUCUGUGUGCUCAAAGGAAAAAUAAAAGUCUUUCACUCUGCUGUAUUUCUUGUUUUCACCAAAAAAUAACAAUAAAGUUGUGUGUGUCUAGGCUAAUAAAAGGUUGGGAAAUCAUUAAAGUUAUCAAGUUGUCACCAUAA